GGAAAUGUUUUAAGUAGACUAAGAAACUCUUAGCUAACACCAAUAAAAUACCCUUGGGAAGUGGUCAAGAUAGGGGAAAAAGCUAAGCAUGUGUUUGGUUCCGAAGUGGUAGGUGUAAAUCCAUCACAAAUUUUUAUGGAGUUUGAUUCGGGGGGCAACUAGGACGGGCUCGUUCUGCUUGGCAUCUUCGCGAGCGCAAGGCGCUGGGGCUCGGGAGUGAUGGUAGUUUGCUGCAUCUAUGCGUGUGACGGUCAAAGGGAUCUUCAGCACCACAUCUUGCUAAAAGCAUAUUACCACAAACCAACAUUUUUUAGGAUAACAUAAUGCCAAUAUGCAGCUUUUAACAUUCAUGUCACUAGUACUCGAGUGUGCGUAGCAUCUUCAUUUUCUUUUACAACAAAGUUGUACAGUAACACGCGCCACAAUGCAAUUUCUGUCAUCACCACGCCUCAAAACCAUUGAGUGGUUCGUCUUGGAUUCAAACGCCUCAAAAUUUAAACGUGUUUGAAAUGCUAGUGAAUUUUCGCCACGAAUGCAUUUCUCGUUGUUUGGUUGAUGCGACAUCUCUCGCAGUCCUACACAAGACAUCCAGCCUCUUCAGCCGGCUUAUCGGCCACCAAACAGUAUUUUUCUCUCACAAUAAAUCAGCCGUUUCAUCUUUUCAGCCGGCUUAUAAGUUCAGCCGAACUGGUAUUUUUUUGCUACGUUUAUAAAUGGCACUGGCAUUCACCCCCUGCCUUGACGCCUCCUUCGUCAAGUCAACGCGCGCGUCCAACAAAGACCCAGCAGGCAGCUCCCUUCCUCCCUCUCCCUCCUCAGUCAUCACCACCCGAAUCCCAGAAGGACAUCGCCGGCGAUGGGGAAGCUCGACGACUGCUGGGCCGAGUGCUGCUACAAGUGGGACGAGUGGAAGUACUGCCUGGCCUGCCUCGGCAUCGUGGCCGGUGUCGUCCUCUUCGCCGUGCUCCUCGCCGCGUUCGGCUUCGUCCGCCGCGUCUCCGUCUCCGUCGACGAGGCCUCGCUGACGCGCUUCGAGCUGUCGACGACGGCCUCGCCGGCGACGUCGCUGGCCUACAACCUCACCCUGACCCUGGUGAUCCGCAACCCGAACUGGGCGAUGAACCUCAAGAACACCAAGCCGCUGGAGGCGUUCUACAAGUUCGACGACCAGGUUUUCGACCGGUUCGAGCUCGCCGGGAAGGGCGAGAAGCACCCCGCCGGGAAGACCCGGGUGUACCACCUCGCCGCGGGGGCGACGAGGUUCGUCGCGACCCUCGGGAACGCCGGCGAGGCCGAGUUCCGGAAGGAGAACGCGACGGGGGUCUUCCAGGUGGAGGUGGCGGUCGCCGGGGAGGUCCGGUACACCGCGCGCUACACCAAGUGCAAGGUCGAGGCGUCGUGCCCGCUCAAGCUGCAGCUCGCGCCGCCCGGGACGGCCGCCUCCGCCGCCGUCGUGUUCCAGAGGGUCAAGUGCAAGCUCGCGCCGCCGGAGAAGAACUGCUAGAUCGAGUCCGUUUUGUGUGGACUGUGGGCGUGUGUGUGUGUGUUGUGUGUUGGGUGGCGAUGGAAUGAUUUGGUUCCUUUUGAUAUUGCUUUGGCAUUUUUUUUAUGUCUGCAAUUGUCCCGGAAAGGGAAUUGUUUGAACUCGGUCUUGUAUUGUAUACAUAUAUAUCCAUCUUUUUUUUAUGUUUGUU